AUGGAAGCGGAGAGCACGCGGGAGGAGUCUCCUAUCCCGAGAAGACGAAAUGACACGAUCAUCUACUCCCGGGGCAGGCUAACCCGCCGAGCGGCAAGAGGUCGCGAAGACGGGGAGAGGAGAUCCGAGAGAACACGACAACCUGUGAUAAUGGGUGUCACCCCAUUCCACCGAUCUAUCCUCGAGGUCCGGUUGCCGAAACACUUCGACAAACCAACGGACAUGAGGUACGACGGAACUCAAGACCCUCUAGAACACCUCACGGCCUUUGAGGCCAGGAUGAAUCUGGAGGGAGUGGGGGAUGAGGUAAGAUGCCGUGCCUUCCCAGUAACCUUAGCGGGGCCAGCGAUCAGGUGGUUUAACGGCCUCCCGCAAGGAUCCAUCUACAGUUUCUCGGACAUUAGUCGUGCAUUCCUGGCCCAAUUUACAACACGGAUAGCGAAGGCAAAGCACCCCAUCAACCUUCUAGGGGUAACCCAGAGACAAGGAGAACCGACCAGGAGGUACCUAGAUCGGUUCAACGAUGAAUGCUUGGAAAUCGAUGGCCUAACCGACUCGGUGGCCAGUCUUUGCCUGACAAACGGCCUCCUCAACGAGAACUUCCAAAAACAUCUUACCACGAAAUCGGUUUGGACAAUGUAUGAGAUCCAGACGGUAGCCAAAGAAUACAUAAACGACGAGGAAGUCAGCCGAGUCGUGGCCGCCAACAAACGGCAGCCCAGCUACAAUCAAACCCGACAACAGGGCAAUGGGGAAAGGCCAAAGGGACAAACCAGGGAAGAGGCGCUAAGUAAGGCGCCAAGGACAUUCCCCCGAGUCGAGAAAUUCACCAACUACACUCCGCUCGCUCUCCCCGUCGCGGAAGUUUACCAACAAAUAGCCGAGAAAGGAAUCCUGCCGAAGCCCCGACCACUCAAGGACCGCACUGGAGGGAACAAAAACCUUUAUUGUGACUACCACAAGGGUUAUGGCCACCUAACGCAGGAUUGUUUUGACCUGAAAGACGCACUGGAACAAGCGAUAAGGGAAGGAAAACUAGCGGCUUUCUUCCACCUAAUCAGGGAGCCAAGGAGGCGCUACCGCGGAUCACGGCCUCGGCGUGAUAAACGUGGUGACGGCCAAAAAAGCCGCGCCGAGGUCACGAUCGGCGCACAAAAAAGAUGCUAA